CCUCAAUCUGCUUUUACUAUCGAACGUGCAUAGAUUUAUCAUUUCUAGUAGUUACAUAUUUACUAAACUCAAGUGUAUAAAUCCUUGUACGAUCAAAUUAAUAAUACAAUCAUAUCAUCAUGGACGCCAACGCAUUCCCGCCAGAGCUCCAAGACAAAAUCCAAUGGGCUGGAAACGGCGUGUUGACGUAUCGUGAUGCGUACACGCACAUGAAAAACCCGCCCGCGCAACAGGGGUACGGAACGCCUCCAGCGAAUUACCAUCCAUAUGGGAAUGGCGUCUGGGCCAGUGUUCCUAAUAACUCGCAUGCGCAGUCACAAUACCCCCCUAGCACGUCUUACUAUCCUCCGUCCUCAACCUACCAAGAGACUGUCUACGAAGCCGAGUCCGAAGCCGAGUCGGAGCAGGACACUGUCGGGAGUCUCUCUCGGACCAAUACUAAUAGGUCUCGGUCGCGCGCUGGGGGCAGCCAGAGCCGGGGCGGAAGUCGAUUGUCAAGCCAGGUGUCUGCUGGUGGACCGCCCAGUCAUUCAUCAUGGCGACCGCCUUUCGCAUCCCAUUUUGGGAGUGACCGGGGCUCCGUCAGCUCGAGCCAAACAGGAACAAUCACCUUGCCACUAACAAGGGCCAACGUAAGUGCCGUGUCGGAUGCGUCCCAGCGCAUAUACCCAACACCGUCGCAGCUGUACAAUAUGUCGCCAGGACACUCACCGAGCCCAGUCCCGCGCAGCGAUACGCGUCAGUAUCGCAACCAAGCGAGCUCCCCAGGUCCCGGGAGACAGAGUCAUCGACGAAGUACCGUUGUGGACUUAGACAGCGUAGCCGGUGGGGCCUCCCUCUGGCCUUCGGGGUCAAGGAGAAGUGGUGCUUAG